AUGACCGGCACCACCCCUCCGCCUCUCCACGGCCCAUCGUCAAAGGAGAAGAAGUACGACAGGCAGCUCCGCCUGUGGGCCGCCAGCGGCCAGCAAGCUCUCGAGGAUGCCCACAUCCUUCUCAUCAACUCCGGUCCAGGUGUCGUAGGCGUUGAGACACUGAAGAAUUUGGUCCUGCCUGGCAUCGGACAAUUCACCAUUCUCGAUUCCGCUGAAGUGACCGAAGCAGAUUUGGGGGUGAACUUCUUUCUUGAGAAUGAGCACCUCGGUGGUUCGAGAGCACAGCAUACUUGUAACCUUCUGAAGGAGCUUAACCCAGAUGUCCAAGGUCACUACAUCAACCAGUCCGUGGAGUCUUUCAUAGAACAACCGUCCACUUUGAAUCCCUACACACUCAUCAUCGUUACCGCUCCAGUCUCAAACUCCGUCCUCGAAAAAAUAAGUUUGCAUGCUAGCAAGGCUGCCGUUGCGACGUUUUACGUCCACAGCAUAGGAUACUACGGCCACUUCUCUAUCCAUUUACCGCCAGCAUUCCCCAUCGUUGACACACACCCUCCAGCCGAAUCGACUACCGACUUGCGCUUACUCGCGCCAUGGCCAGAAUUGUCACAGCUCGCGGCGCAGAAGACGAACAAUUUGGAAGCGAUGAGCGAUCACGAGCAUGGCCACGUACCGUACGUUCUGUUGCUACUGAACUACUUAGAGGAAUGGAAGCAGACACAUGGUGGCAAGGCGCCGCAAAAUUACAAGGAGAAGACCGAAUUUCGUGAGAUGGUGCGAAAGGGUACACGGACGAACAACCCGGAAGGCGGAGAGGAGAACUUCGAUGAGGCCGUUGGAGCGGUCUUGAAAAGCCUAAACCCGGCGCAAGCAAGCAGCGCUGUCAGGGAAGUGUUUGAGUCCGAAGAAUGCAAAAACCUCACGAAAGAGUCUGCCAGCUUCUGGCUCAUCGCGCAUGCCAUGUCCAUUUUUUACAAAAAGCACUCGCAGCUUCCGCUCCCUGGGUCGUUGCCAGAUAUGAAGGCCCAGUCCGCCGAUUAUAUCACUUUGCAAAACGUCUACAAGUCGAAAGCGCGUGCCGAUCUUACCGAAGUCGCCUCUAUUGUCCACGAUUUGCAAAUGCAAAUUCAGUAUCCCAGCCCCAUCCCAGAAAAGGAAAUCGAAGCCUUCUGUAAAAAUGCCGGACACAUUAAGCUCGUGCGUGGCCGGCCCUUCCAGCUCAAUCCUUUUCAGUGGGACAAAGAAACGGCAUCAAACUUGGCUGGGUGGAUGGGCCUGCAGAACCCAGAGUCGUUGUUCUUGCUCUAUGUCGCGUUACAGGCAUGGGACGGGCUGAGAUUACCGGGCGCCCAGGAUGCUAACCUUGAGAUCGAUAUUGCCAAUAUGAAGAAACUUGCACGCCAGAUACUGGGCGCCUUCUUGAAGGAGGUGGGAGACAAGGAUGAGACCGGAGAACCCCGGGAUGUUGAUUACAAUGCUUUGGAAGAAUAUUGCCAGGAGCUAACCCGCGCUGGUGGUGCUGAAUUGCACAACAUUUCAGCACUUGUGGGUGGUAUCGUUUCGCAGGAGGUCAUCAAAGUGAUCACCAAGCAAUACAUUCCCGUCGACAACACUUGCCUCUUCGAUGGUGUGAGAAGCAGGUCUUCUGUACUGCGCAUUUGA